UUUUCUGCUAUCCUUUUUCAUUGUAUAUUGCUUGUGGUUCCCGAGAAAGCAUGGUAAAAGAUAAAUAAGCUUGUCAAUCCUUUGGUGACCGAUUUUUAUCCCAAAAUUUUCUCGGUAACCGAACGUUUGAUUUCCCUUUUUUUCUUUCUUUUCCUCUGUUUUCCUAGCAGCCAAACGGAGAAUGAUUUUGCAUUUUAAUAUUCCUUCUAGCUCGUGUGAUACGUUUGGACUCGUGUGUUAUUUUCAGUUUUGGGCUACCCGGAAAUGGAAUAUUUGGUUUGACUUUGGCAUUUACAUCAUUGCAUAGUUUCUGCGAGUUUGAUUAUUUUCUGUGAUGGAGCCUUGGAGUUACACAUCAGAAGGGAAAGGCCUUUUGUUUCCUGAUGAAAUAGAUUUACAAGUUGAUGCUUUUGCUAGAAGUAAAAAACCAUUAAUGGAAUGGGACAAUAAACCCAAUUUUAGUUUUGAAAGCAACGGGCUUGUAUCUGAUAGAGAAGCGGUCGAUAGCAUGGAUUUUGUCGAAUUGGGAUUCCCUGACUUUGUGAGAAAACCAUUUCAUGUUAACCAAGGAUUAGAGAUGUUAAGUGGUGAGGUUGGCAGUAAUUCUAGUCAAAGAGCAGUUUCUCCAUCGUGUAUUAUUACCUCAAAUUCAUGUUUUGAAGAAGUGGCUUCUGAAGAAAAGCUUUCAAGUUCAGGCAUGGAAACUAACAACCAAGAUUUAUCACUUAUUGAUUUGAAGCUAGGGAGAUUGGCUGAUUGCAAAGGUGCAGAAGGUAGCAAGCUUUUUAAACACAGACCAGUUUUGUCAUCUGCACCACCAUCCUUGCUGACAAAGCGAGCACGCAAAGCAAAUUCACACUCUCAGGCUGCCUUCUGCCAAGUCCAUGGUUGUAACAAGGAUUUGAGCUCCUCAAAGGAUUACCACAAAAGGCAUAAAGUUUGCGAUGUUCACUCCAAGACUACCAAAGUUAUUGUUAACGGCAUUGAACAAAGGUUUUGUCAACAGUGUAGCAGGUUUCAUUUGCUGGCUGAAUUUGAUGAAGGGAAGCGAAGUUGUCGUAAACGCUUAGCAGGCCAUAACGAACGUCGAAGGAAGCCUCAGUUAGAUACCCUUUCUGGUAAACAUAAGCUGCUUCAAUCAUAUCAAGACACCAGAUAUCUGGGGACUUCCUUCCCGAGAACACGCUUCGUUUUCCCAGACAUUUUUCGAGCUGGCAUUGUUCAUCCAGGAAAAUCUGAUCAAGCUAAUUGGUUUACUCAUAUCAAGUUAGAAGGGGAGUCAUUUUACAGUCCUCAAUCGGCAAUACCUCUCGCAAAUGGGCAGUUGAUCCCAAAAUCUUUCCUUCAUCUGCAUGACAUUGGGAAACAACAUGGUUUGGGAGUGCCUUCAGCAGGAACUGAAAACUGUGAUGUUACUGUUUCAACCAUUCAGGAACUAUCUGGGGCCUCGAUCUCGAGUCGUGCUCUCUCUCUUCUGUCAGCCCAAUCACAGGACUUGUCAAGUCAUUUGACAGGAAUUCCAAUGGCUAGCCCCCAGAUUAUGCAAGGUGACUCUGCCCAUCAUGUUGGUGUUCAAAUUUUUGAGAAGCCUUUAAGGGCAAGCUCUAUGGAACAAUGUGGACCAAGUGGAUUCUAUUCACGUGGGCCCAUGGACGUUGGUAAGAUGGGAUCCAUAAUGUUUUCUGAUGUUAGUCAUGCUGCUGAUUUUCAAGUUUGUACUGAAGGGGGUUUUCAAGAUUCGGAUAUGCUGAAUGCUAAGUAUUGUCCAUCUCCUGAACAUGGAUCCACAGUUGAUUGGCUCCAAUUGUCAUCACAUCUUCAAAGAGUGGAACGACAGAAAAAUUCCAUUCAAGUAAAGCAGGAAAAUGAGGACUCAUGCUAUUUCCCAACCUUUAGAGUGGUAUGCAAUCAACAAGGUUAAGGGGAGGCAGUUUAGGACAUGCUGCAAAUGAUUCACUAACUUCAUUUGUGCUGUUUCAAUGGAUCAUAGAAACUUUGGAUACCGUAAGUUGGAGCAUUCCUACUCUAAAAAGGUAAAUAAGAAUGAUUUGCGGCUUUCUCUACUGUAAAGUAAUGCAAGUUUGCAUCUGUAAGUCCCCUCUUAAGAACCUUUAUUCCCUUUGUUUCUACAAAUAUUAUGCUAAUCCAAGGAUUUUAGCUAUAUUGAUGAACCUCGUGAGAAGUAAUACACACAGUAUCAUACAAGUAAUGAGAACGGAAACGAAACAGCAAGUUGCUAGCUAGUAAAACUUGCUGACACGUGUCUGAGACUCUGAACGCAUUUCAGUCAAGAAUGAUAUCUCAAUAAUGGAGAAUCUUCCUUUGUUGAUGCUCUUAAAAAGCACCUACCUGCAAUCUCUUUUGGUUGCACUAGUGGGUAGGUUUGAGGAGACAAAGUUAAAUGCAAUAAAAGAAUGAGACGACCGCCAGAAGUAAUUAGAAGUCAUCUGUCACUAAUUAGCAUCUUAAAGAUAUCAUUCUUAUACGAGAUUGAUGGUAUGGUAAUUGACAUUACUGAACAUAAAUAGAUAAACCUUGACCUACUGGGUCACAACUUCCUGUUGUCAUCGUCUUUAUCUAUUAAAAUAAUGCUGCAGUGGGACUUGGGGUGUGCAUGCGGUUGGAACUUCCUCUUUGUUGGUGCCAUGAUGACUUUUCUGCAUCUUUUUUCCAACCACUAUAUGGGUAUAAAAUUCUAAAGUUCUGGGUUUUGGUCAAGUUAUGCUUUUCAUGUAUUAUUAUAUCACGAAAGAAAGCAUGUUCCUCUAUGUUGUUCUUUUGAGUUGCUACGAAUGAAU